AUGACCAUCCCAAAAGUAUCCGUUUUCUCCCUGCCACUUGCGCCAUGGCAGCAGAACGCCAGUGUUCGUGUCGAGAAAUAUGACCAAAAACAUGGACUGAAGCGACGGCGGUCUAGGGACGGCUUUGACGGAGAAGAUCACGACCAAGCAGACACCAAAUCAGAUGCUGCCUCUGAGAUCAACCCCAGCCAAGGUCCGGCGCUUGUUCUGUCUCCUGGUGAAGCUCACCAGUACCGAAUUGCCGGCCUGGCGCUGGAUCAAAAGCUACCUGGAGGUUAUUUCCCACAUGCAAGUGGGAAUGGUCAAGACAGGAAACGAUCGGAUAGGUUUUACCUUGAGGAGCUAUCUAACCAGUCCCCUCCGAUCUUCCUUCCUGGAUCAAAUACUGUAGACAGUACUCUACACCUCCGUCAUCUGGGUGCACUCACUACAAUUCUGCAUCGAUGUCUCCUAGAUGGCGACUUUACUAGAGCGGGCCGCGCUUGGGGAAUGCUACUUCGUGAAAGGGUAGGCGGGCGUCCGAUAGAUUUACGGCAGGGAGGAAGAUGGGGAAUCGGCGCCGAGAUUCUCUUUCGUCAAGGCACUGGGGAGCCGCUAACGCAAUCUUUGGAUACGCACCCCAAACGUCUUUUUAGUCGACAAGGAUUUCAAGCGGCGAAAGCUUACUACGAGGGUUUGAUCAUUCAGUAUCCAUAUCUUAAAACCUUGCCAAGCAUGAUCAACGCGACAGACUUUUAUCCAGCUAUGUUCAGUCUGUGGAUAUAUUUCGUUGACACAGAGAGCAGAAACGCAAGAGAGGCCAUCGAGAAUGAAGAGGACGAUGACUCUUCCUUCGACAAUUUCUCAGAGCCAGGCGAUAUUUCCAUGUCCGAUCUGGAGGGCCGCAGAGGAAACCAAGAUUGGCAGACAUCGAUGCGAAUUGCCAAUAUAAGGUCGAAGGAACUGAGUGGAGCACUGGAGAUUGAACAGCGUAUGGAUGAAAUCCUCAUUUCGCCACCGUACAUAGACAUGCCCGUGCUUCUCAAACUUCGAGGCAUGGUGGCGUUGUGGGUUGGUGACCUUUUUGUUUCUUCGCAGCCAGAUCCAGAUGCGGAUACGAGUAUUUUAGAGACGGUACAGUCAUCUCAGUUGCUUUUUGCACGAAGGGAGCUGAGAGUUGCAAAGGAAAAGCGGGAGAUCGAGAGAAGUAAAGCAGAUAAGUUUUUCGAGAAGGCGAGGAUGCGUGAGGAGAUUUAUAUGUAA